AGACGGCUCAACACACCUUAAGGAUAAAAGAUCUUAAAGAAACAAAGGUCAUGUUGCGCCAUGUACUGGAGAAAAUUUGGGUAGAUUUGCCAAUUGUCUCAAUGGCCAGUAGAUGGCACAAUGGCAAAUUCCGAGCCAUGCUGGACGUUGGCUGCCUGUCCGGAUCCAGACUGCCGGGUGCCGCGACGGCCGUUGAGCGCGUAGAGCUGCAGCCAUGGCAGCUGCAGCGAUGUCGGUUUCGAAGCAAGAGGAUGGCUUCCAGCCGACCCUUGGUGAUGACACUGGCCUUGACCCAUCGAUCAAGGAUCUGGAGGUUGAGACCGGCAGCUGCAGCGAUGUCGGUUUCGAAGCAAGAGGAUGGCUUCCAGCCGACCCUUGGUGAUGACACUGGCCUUGACCCAUCGAUCAAGGAUCUGGAGGUUGAGACCAUGUAUGCUACUUUGCUAGCUCGUACCGGCGGACCUUAUGAGCUGAAGCAGUGGUUCACAGAGGCGGGCUUCUUGCUGAGCUUUCCGUUGUCACCAAAGAACCAGACGACUGCUGAAGAGACCCUACUCUCGGAGCAGCAGAGAAAGGAGAAUCUUGUGGCUCUUUCCCAGCGAUUCCGAGAGAUUGGUGUGAUCACUGGAUCCUACGAGCUCUUGGACAUUGAGGCUAACCUGGAGAAGUGGGAGUGCUGUGUGUGUUUGCUGAGGUACCAGGACCGUUGGGGGAACCGUUACUGGCGCAACAAGUGGGCAAAGCAGGCUCGUGGCACGGUUUUGUUCAUCAACCCGGAGGAUCAGUCGGAUGUGCGGUGCAUCUCCUACAAGCUGGAACGUGGUGCGGAGGUGAGCACGCGACAGCAUCGGGAGGAGGGCAUUGACGAGACCCAAGAUCUCAAGGAGGGUCGUGUGGCGAUCUUUGAUGAUGACACAAUUCAUACCUGUGUUACUUUGGCCAAGGGUGGUGCAAUCACUGGUCAUCUCAGUUCCAAAGGUGAUGGGUCUUACUUUGGUGUGACGCUUGCUUGUGGACUCAAGGGGCAGAUUUGGGAUGCCAUUACUGAUGGCUUUGGUUCCGAUUGGGUCAAGCUGUGGAAGAAGAAGGGCAAGGAAUACGGUGCCCUGCAUGGCGUGGAUGACCUCAUGAUGGUUCCAGCCACGCAAGGAGGCCUGAUGAUGGGUGAUCAUAUGCAGGGCUACAUGACGACUGCUCUCCUUGCCGGCAAUCAUUUGGCAACUCGUGAAGAGCUGAUGUUGUACGAUUCUUGUGUUGCUGCCAUGGAGCAGUAUGGUGCUUUGAUCUUUGACAAGCUUGCAAGAAUUGCGGCAGAGCAGCUUGGGAAGGAUGGCUGUAAGGUGGUCUCCUUCGAGAACAUGUGUAAGAACCGCAGAGGUUUGCUCGGUGAUCGGGAGCACACUGAGCUGGCUUGCCGAUACGAGCGUGAUCGGUGUAUUCUUCUGGGGCUCAGCGAUUGUGAGUCCAAGCGGUACACUCCUCACUCAGCAUUCAACACUCAUGGCUUUGAAGAGCCAAUGUAUUGGAUCAUCACCCAUUCUGAUCAGCUCAACUCCAUGAUCGGCAAACUAGAUGAUUUGGUGUGGGGUUCUAUCACUGAGGCUGAGUUCUUGACCAUGUAUCCUCCUGCCAACCUGGACAAGAUUGGCACCGACCCGAUCAUCGACUACGAGGGCUUUGCUUUCCUGGAGAUGAAGACAAUUCCUGACAGCGUUGUGUACAUGUACCGCAAGAUCAAGAGUGUCGCGUACUACAAGUCACACAAGCUGCAGGUGGAGAAUAUCCCCUACUUACUGCAACUGGGUGCAAAGGCUGGUCACAUCUUCCCCUUGGCUCAGCAUGUGUUGGACCUUUUGUCCCCCGGCGUUUUCCAGCAGAAGAUGGAGCGGGUCUUGGCACAGGUCGUGACUCUGCUGGAUUUUGCGGAUCCUGCGAACACUUUGCUGAGCCGCAUCCGCAUGGGGCAUGCUCUGACUGUGGCCAAGGCCAAGCGCAAGAAGAUGCCCAAGGACCCACUGGCUGGUUUCGAUCAGCGCCCCUUCGAUGUCCAGUGCAGGAUUGUGAUCAACAGUCCGUUCGUGAACUUUUCAAGAGAGGUAGCCGAGUUGUUCCAGGCGGAGUUCGCGAGUAUCGACAUUGACAUGGAGGAUGCUGAUCUGAUCUAUGCCCUCAAGAGCAUCGUCAUGGCAGUGAAGCCAUGGAUACCUCGUGGCCAGGAAGGUUCGUUCACUGACGAGAUCUCCACCGAGCACCCGGUCUUCCAGCCACUGGUCAGUGCAUGCCUUGGCACCGUGGUGGCCAAAUGAGGGAGAGAGGACGGCAGUUUCGUCAUUUUCAGGGCGGCAGCUUCGUGUCCGAGGAGCGGGAUUUGUACAGGUACAGCAUACAGUGUACAGAAACCCGGAAAAAUCAACUCCAACGAGCACGGCGAAGGG